CUCGUAGCCAAUACAAAGACCGUUUUAAUCAAAUUUCGAGCUUAUGAUAGCUCAGCCAGUUCCUCUUACUCAAGAGAUGCCUGGGGAAGUGCGCAUGCGUUGUUCUGACUUGUAUUUUGUGGCAGUGCCAUAUGCCCAGUCUACAGGUUACCUUGCAGAAGGAACGCGGCUUGAGAAAGCUAAUGUGAGAUCAAUGCUAAACUUUGUUAACUGCUGCCAUCAAGACUCAUAGACUAAAAGAAUUUCUUUUCUAGUUCACCUCUAAAUCAAUAUCAAGAUACUUUCAGAAUGUCCAGCAAAGAAGUGAAAACUGCUCUAAAAAGUGCAAGAGAUGCAAUCAGAAACAAGGAGUACAAAGAAGUUUUGAAACAUUGCAAGACAGUGUUAAAACAAGAGAAAGAUAACUAUAAUGCCUGGGUUUUUAUUGGUGUUGCUGCAGCUGAACUUGGACAGCCUGAUCAGGCUCAGGGCGCCUAUAAGAAAGCCGCUGAACUAGAGCCAGAGCAGCUCCUUGCUUGGCAGGGUCUAGCAAGUUUGUAUGAGAAGUGUAAUCACAUAAAUGCUAAAGAUGAUUUACCUGGUGUAUACCGAAAGCUAUUGGAUCUCUAUGAAAGUGUUGACAAACAGAAGUGGUGUGACGUGUGUAAGAAACUUGUGGAUCUCUAUCACCAGGAGAAGAAACACCUAGAGGUGGCUCGGACAUGGUAUAGACUGAUAAAGGCGCGUCAGGAGGAUGGGGCAGACCGACAAGAGCUUUAUGAGCUGUGGAGAAAGCUGAGUCAGUUGCUCUCUGAGGAUGCAGAAGAUCAGAAUGAUGAGACCCAGCAGAUGCUUUUAACUGCAUUUGAGAAUGCACUGGACUUAGCAGAUAACGUUCCCAGUGAAGAUCACCAAGUACUUUAUAGGAAUUUCAUUCAGUAUUUGUCUAAAUUUCCUCAUGAGAUGACUAGGUUGAAGAAGGCCUGUGAAGGAAUGAUAACUAUGUAUCCUGCUGUACAGUACCCACUGGAAGUGAUUUGUUUGUACCUAAUUGACUCAGGCAACCUGACAGAUGAGGGACACCAGUAUUGUUAUAAGCUAGUGGAAAUGAAUUCAAAAAGUGGUCCAGGCCUUAUUGGCUUAGGUAUUAGAGCUUUACAAGACAAGAAGUAUGAAGAUGCUAUCAGUCAUCUAACAGAAGGCUUGAAGGAAAGCCCUCUCUGCAUAGCUGGGUGGUGUCAUCUAGCAGAAGUCCAAGUCAAAGUGCACAGACCUAAGGAAGCUAUUCUUUCUUGCAAUCGAGCUCUGAAGACCAUAGAUAACCUCGGUGCGUCAGGUGGCAGUCUUCAUCAGAAGAAUCUUUGUCUUCGUCUGAAAGCAGAGGCUUUGCUUAAACUCUCAGACUGUGCAUCGUUGGAGGAGGCAGUGCAUAUCCUUGAUCAGCUUUCUGACACAGAUAAUACCCCGGGACUGCUGGUUCUCCAAGGCCUGGCCUGUCUGAAUACAGGUGCUAUAGACAAAGCUACAAAGAUCAUGGAAGACCUUGUAGCCUCUUACCCUGAUCUGUCUGAAGCUCACGCUCUUGAAGCUUAUGUUCAUUUUACUAAGAAGGACUAUGUGCAAGCAGAAACGAGUUUCCAGAGAGCACUGGAGAAAGAUGCUGAAGUUGCUGAAUAUCAUUACCAGCUUGGGUUGACAUACUGGCUCAUGGGUGAAGAAACAAGAAAAGACAGAACAAAGGCUCUUAACCACUUUCUGAAGGCCGCAAGACUGGAUGCACACAUGGGUAAAGUUUUCUGCUACCUAGGCCAUUAUUACCGAGAUGUGGCUGGCGAUAGAAAUAGAGCCCGAGGCUGUUACAGGAAAGCAUUUGAAUUAGAUGACAGCGAUGCUGAGUCUGGAGCUGCUGCAGUUGACCUGAGCGUAGAGCUUGAAGACACGGAAACUGCAUUAGCGAUCUUGACAGCAGUAACCCAAAAGGCAAGCUCAGGAGCAGCGAAGUGGGCGUGGCUGAGACGAGGCCUAUACUAUUUGAAAGCUGGUCACCAUUCUCAAGCAGUGGCUGAUUUACAGGCAGCAUUAAGGGCGGACCCCAAGGACUGCAAUUGUUGGGAGUCAUUAGGAGAGGCAUACUUAAGCAGGGGUAGCUACACAACGGCCUUGAAGUCCUUCACAAGAGCCAGUGAGCUCAGCCCUGACUCCACAUACAGUGUGUUUAAAGUGGCAGCCAUUCAGCAAAUCCUAGGCAGGUAUUCGGAAGCCAUUGCACAGUAUCAGCUGAUCAUUAAAAAGGAGGAAGAUUAUGUGCCUGCCUUAAAAGGUUUGGGUGAGUGCCACCUGAUGCUGGGGAAGGCGGCCUUAGUGGAUUUUCUGGACGGGAAAGCUGUGGACUAUGUGGAGCAAGCUCUGGGAUAUUUCACCCGGGCCCUACAGCAUCGAGCUGAUGUGUCUUGUCUUUGGAAGCUCAUGGGGGAUGCAUGCACUUGUCUGCACCCCGUUUCACCAGCUAAAGUGAAUGUUCGUGUCUCAGGAGCCCUUCUCGGCCAGCAAGAAGGACAAGAAGUCUUACGGAAAGAUGAGCUCCUGCAUCUUGGAGGAAGGUGUUAUGGUCGUGCAUUAAAAUUGAUGUCUACAUCUAAUACAUGGUGUGAUCUUGGAAUUAAUUAUUACCGUCAAGCACAGCAUCUAGCAGAAACAGGCAGCAGCAUGAAUGAUCUUACUGAGUUACUGGAGAAAUCUUUGCAUUGUCUGAAAAAGGCAGUGAGGCUGGACAGUAAUAAUCACUUAUACUGGAACGCUCUUGGUGUGGUUACAUGUUACCAUGGAGUUGGAAAUUAUGCCCUUGCUCAGCACUGUUUCAUCAAAUCAAUCCAGGCAGAACAAAUUAACGCUGCUGCAUGGACCAACUUAGGAGUGUUAUACCUUGCGACUGAAAACAUUGAGCAAGCCCAUGAAGCGUUCCAAAUGGCUCAGUCCCUUGAUCCAUCUUAUUUAUUGUGCUGGAUUGGACAGGCUCUUAUUGCAGAGAGAAUUGGAAGUUAUGAAACAAUGGAUCUCUUUAGGCAUACCACAGAGCUCAGUAUGCAUACUGAAGGAGCAAUAGGUUAUGCGUAUUGGGUUUGUACAACAUUACAAGACAAAAGCAACAGAGAAACAGAGCUAUAUCAGUACAACAUCCUCCAGAUGAAUGCUGUCCCUGCAGCACAGGGCGUUCUCUGUAAAUAUGUAGAAAGAAUUCAGAAUUACGCUCCAGCGUUCACAAUGUUGGGUUAUUUAAACGAGCAUCUGCAGUUGAAAAGGGAAGCAGCUGAGGCAUACCAAAGGGCAACUGCACUGUUACAUUCUGCAGAAGACCAACAUACUUACAAUGUUACAGUAAGAAACUGGGGCAGAUUGUUGUGCUCCAUUGGUGACUAUGACAAAGCUCUCCAGGCCUUUAAGUCAACGCCCCUUGCAGAGUUGGAGGACAUCAUAGGCUUUGCACUGGCAUUGUUUAUGAAGGGCCUGUAUAAGGAGAGCAGCACAGCCUAUGAGAGAGCCUUGACUGUUUGUAAAUCAGAGCAAGACAAAGCUCACAUCUUGACAGCUAUGGCAGUAACAGAAUAUAAACAAGGAAAAAUGGAUGCAGCCAAGUCAUUACUCUUCAAAUGCUCUAUAUUAAAGGAACCAACUGCAGAAAGCCUCCAAGUACUAUGUGCUCUAGGGCUGGCAAUGCAGGAUGCUACACUGUCAAAAGCAGCACUUAACGAGUUACUGAAGCAUAUCAAACAGAAAAAUGAUUAUCACAGGUACCUUCUUACCUCAGCAAUUUACGCACUCCAGGGCCACAGUGUGGCAGUGCAAAGACAAGUGGCCAAGGCUGUGCACAGUAAUCCUGCUGACCCAGCCCUUUGGUCUUUGCUGUCUCGAAUUGUUGCUCAGUACACCCAGCAGAAUGCAAAGGGUGGUGCUGUUGCUGGCAGUGUGGCUCAUAUUCUGGAUUCGAAUCAUGGAAAGAAGGCUUUAUUGUACACUGCAGUGAACCAGUUGGCCAUGGGAGGCAGUACAGCAGAAGACAAAAGCAGCACUGCUCUAAAGACCAUUCAGAAGGCAGCCUUCCUUUCUCCAGAUGAUCCUGCUGUCUGGGCUGGCUUGAUGGCAGCCUGCCAUGCAGAUGAUAAACUGGCUUUGGUCAGUAACACUCAGCCAAAGAGGGUAGAUUUAUACUUGGCAUUGCAGUCUGCUGUUUCUGCUUCACUUAAGGACAAAGAAAAUUUGCAAAAUUACAACCUGUUGCUUGAAAAGUGGUCUUUUUCACAAGCUGUCACUGGUCUGAUUGACACAGGAAAAAUAUCUGAAGCCGAAUCUCUGUGCACAAAGAAUUUAAAAAGCAACCCCGAUCAGCCAGCUGUUAUCUUACUGUUGAGACAAGUUCAGUGUACAUCACUCCUGGCGUCACAGAAACCCCUCCCAGAUGCUGUACUGGAAGAACUGCAAAAAACAGUCAUGUCCAACUCAACCUCUGUUCCAGCAUGGCAGUGGUUGGCACAGGUGUAUCAGUCCCAAGGAAUGAUGAGUGCCGCAGAGAUGUGUUAUAGAAAGAGUCUCCAAGUGGCAUCCCAGCAGGGCAGCUGGAGUGGGAAGCUCUCGAGCCUGCUGAAGCUAGCCCUUCUUGCACUGGAAGUGUGCAUGGCUAAUGUUUCAGGUGAUCACUGGUCAUCCUUGGUUCAAGAAGCCACAAGUGAGGCCUUGAAGGUUUGCUUUAGUCCGCUGGCUAUCUUCUUGCAAGCGUUGUUACAGUUCAACCGUAAGAUGGGAGCAAGAGAGACACGGCGACUGUUGGAGAGAGUGGUGUAUCAGACUGGAUACCCCAACUCAAUUGUAUCAACUGCUCGUUGGUACCUCUUAAGACACCUCCAUGCGAAAGAUGACCAUGAGCUAAUUGAUGUUUUGGUGAGGAAUGCCGAGACCCACGGUGAUAAAAGAAUGUUGGAACUGAAUCGGAAGCUGUCGGCCCAAUAAUCGUGGAUUGUGAGACGCACAACCUACACCCAAUAUUCACACAUUGGCGGCACAGGUGUCCUCAUUUGGCGGUCCCACCGAGACUGGGAAAAAGAGGACAACCUGACCAGAUUGUUCCAAAAGGCCGGCCAGUGAGGAAGCAGAAUGUAUUGGGGACAAGUGGCGACCACGAGACAAAGCAAAGUAAGUAGCACUACAAAGGUUUCAUCUUAGCCAUGGGAACUAAAAGUCCCUUGUUAUUGGUCGCAUAUCAGCUUGUAAGUUUACUCAAAUAACAAAGGACUGGUAUUAAGGUAAAGGCAGCCCAAGAUUUUGUUAAAACUGUAGGACACGUCAGUCCUUGGUUUAUAGCUAGUGGUGGUUUGAAUAGUCCAGAUUGGAAACAGGUUAAAAGGGACAAGGUAAUAAUGGUAAAAUAUUUUUGUGUAUGUGUUCUUUUAGAGUUAUGCUAAAACCUAGAGAAGUGAAGUCAAUUCUCAUAGAUGCUUUUCGUCUUUGAACCCUGACUAGAGACAUUUUACAUCCUAGACAAGAGAGAGAAUGAGUUUUAGAAAAACAGUCUGUCCACAGAUGUUUUGGCAAAAUAAGGAAAAUGAGCCUAAGCUUUUUAAGAGCUCUCCUAGGGACAGACGUCCCGCCUCCUUGCUGGCUCCUAUUGGAGAAGUGCUUAUUUCUGGUUCUGGGUCCUUUAGGUUAUCUGGGUCCCUUUGGUGGGAUGCUAUCUAGUUCUUUCCCUCUAUGUCUAUUGUCUGUCCUUGGUGCACCAAGCUGUCCAUGUGUGUCAGUUAUGUCUGGGUUUUGCUUCUUGUUGCUUAAAUGUUUUAUGUUCAAAAGAAAAAAAUGCUAAUAACUUUAUCUGUCAGUCGUUCACACCUUGAUUUGGUAUUAACUCAUUUGAAAAAAGGAACAAAUAAUUAAAAAACAAUUUAAAUUGCCCUUUGGAGCCCUGCACCUGUAGCUAGAAGCCUAGGUCAGCUGGAGAAGCUGCCCAGGUGCUGAGUGUCUGCACAAGCUGAUCUUAAAGGUGCCAGCAGCUUCUCAGCUUCUACGGUAGGGAGCUGAGAAGCCAUCUAGUUCUCAGCUGAUGGCUGUUUCUCUUUGAAAAAUCUUUGAUUGUGAUUAUUGAAUUCAACAGAUGACAAGGUGCUUCUCUUAAAAUUACAGCUAGAAAAAGUAAAAAUGGUUUUUGAUCUAAAUAUUAAAGAUAAUGUUUAGCCAUUUCAUUUUUUUGUUUCUGAUUUGUUUUAAAUGUAUAAUAUUCUCUACAUGUCUUGGUUAUAGGUUAGUGGCUUUUAAGUUAUUGGGUAUGGUAGAAAAUUUGUAACAUUGGUAACAUAAAGUUGGCUUAAACCUCAUAAUUCAGAUGGAGUUAUUUUAGACAACACAGGGAAAUAGGUCUAAAUUGGGAUAACAUUUUAAUAUAAUUCUUAUCAUUAAAAACCAGACCUAUAAAAGAAUUUAGGGCAAUAUCUCUUUGUUGAGGUACUAGAGCCUGCACCAUUGUUGGUUCAUAUGCAAGAAUUGGCAGUCAAACUUUAAAGCAAGAGAAAUGGAGUUGGUGUUUUGGAGAGACUGGAUUUUGGAGAAUAGAUAACUUGUUGGAGGUUGAGUUUUGCUUUCCAAAAUUAUGGUUGUGCUCUGGUGUUACAAGGGAAAGUUAAAGAUUAUGGUUAAUGAUUGUCAGUGUUACAUUGGCUACAGUUUACAGUUUGAUCACAGACAGGCUCAGGAUUCUAACUCACACAUAUUUGUAAUUAAGAAAAAAUCAAACGGAUGGAGAAUGUUACAGGAUUUAUGAAUGGUUAAUGAGGCUAUGGAACUUACAAGAACAUUACAACCUGUUUGCUCACUCCAACUGCUAUUUCAAGAAAUACAGGUAGAAUUAUUAUAAAUUUAAAAGAUUGUUUUUAUGCUGUUUCUUUACAUCCUGGCGAUUGUGAAAGAUUUUAAUUUAGUGAGCUUGCUUAUAAUUUUGGAGAGCCCAUGAAGUGAUACCAUUGGAAAGUUUUGCCUCAAGGAAUCACUUAUGUCCCUACAUUACAUUAAAAAUUUUUUGUCACUGCUUCAAUACAAGAAGUUAAGACUUUGAAUCUUUCAGUGUAUAUUAUUCAUUAUAUAGACAUUUUAAUUUUACUACAAGCCUUUAUUCUUACAAUGUGCUUUAAAUUUUGGAGAGUAGCUGCUGCUCCAGAAAAGAGUCUUUAUUCCUUUUCAAUAUUUGAGACAUUGGUUAUAUCCUAAACAAAGUAUGGUUCAGAAAAUUCAAGAUAUUUUACUUUAAAUUAAUUUUAAAAGCUUCUAAUAUAUGUUAAUUGGCUAAGACCUUACCUUAACUUCACCACCAAACCUUUGUUUGAUAUCCCCAAGAGAGAUGCAAAUUCUAUUCCCCUAGACAAUUAACUGAGGAGUGAUUGAAUAGCUUUACAGAAAGUAAAGAGAGCUAGAUGUACAGAAUUGUAAGAUUGAAUCAUGGAAGUAUUAUAGAAAAAGAACCUGAUGAAACAUACCUUACUUUAUUCCAAACAGCAAUUAAAUUGGUUAUCUAAUGAGAAGGCAACACAUGAAAUUGGAUCACGUGUUUAUUCUCUUGACUUUCCCCCUGCUUCAACACAGAUUAUUGAAUUACAUGCUGUAGCCACUCUUGUUAAAAUGUUAAAUCAAGCUUUCAAUUCGUAUUUUGAUAGCCAAUGUGUGGUUUGCAAUUGAUUAAAAUUUUUCCUCUUUUAGAUACUGUUAACCCUCAAAUUUUACAAAUAUUUAUGCUAAUACCACUGAUUUAAGAGAAGUGUACUGUUCCUUUAUAGGCCAUUUAAGAACUCAGAUUGGAUUGCCUGGACCCCUUAAUGAGGGCAAAGUCACAAUAGAAUUAUAUACCAGGCAGAUUUUGGGCCUUGCAUAGGAACAAUUAGACAAUCUCAUUCUUUAUAUCAUCAAAUAGAAAUAGCUAGAGACAAUAAUCUGGUAUUUCUAGAUUUAUUUGUGACUACUGACACUUUUUCAGACUUUCUGGUUGCAACUGCUUUAACAGGAGAAGCAACUACAAAUGUAAUUAGUCAUUACAUACUUGACAAGGAGUGGGGACAGCUACAGCUCCUCAAAAGUAGUAAAAUACUUAAAUGGAAAGAUGAGGAAGGACAUAUGGGAUAUUUUCAACCUUUGUCAUCAAUAAUAUUCCUAUUAAUCUAUGGGGAAGCAAUGUGCUUCAUCAUGUGGAAGCUGUCUUGACUACGCAACCUGCUCAAAGAAUGAUUAUUUUACCUUAUGAUCAAGAACAGGUAAGUAAUUUGAUUAGAACUUUUGAUGAUUUGUCCAUUUUUUCAUGUUCUACUACUAGUCAAUUUGAUAACUAUUAUCCUGAAAAUAAAAUUUGUCAGUUUAAGUUACAUACUGUGAUUUUCUCCCUCUAUAGUAAAAAAAAUUAGACUCUAAGUAAGGCCAGAUUACUUUUCACUGAUGGGUCUUCUAAGGGAGAUGCCAUGGUCCUUUCAGAGGGCAAGGUGGAGAAACUGAUGCUUGAUUCUGUCUCGGCACAGUUGGUGAAUUAAAGGCCCUUCUUCUGGCGCUAUCUUUGUUUCCUCAAGAGCCCUGCAAAGUGCUUAUGUAUCUAAUAUUAUUUUACCUUUGGAACCUGCUGCAUUUAUUGCUCCUGUAUCUCCUAUUUGCUCUUGUCUUUUGCAAGUGGAGGCAUUGUGGCAACGCAGAGAGCCUAUUUAUGUAGGGCAUUAUCAGAGGUCAUUCUGGAUUGCCUGGCCCCGUUGGCAGAAGUUAAUGCUGCUGCUGAUUUUUAUAUUAGGCCACAAUUUGUAGCUAUAGCUCUUGAUUAUUAUGAUUUGGCCCUUCAAUUACAUAGAAAAUUUCAUAUUAACUCACAAUCUUUAAGACACCAUACAGGAUGCACCAAGGGUCAAGCUGUUCAGAUAGUUACUCAGUGUUCCUCAUGUGCUCCAUUGAUUCCCUCACCCAGUUUGGGCAUUAAUCCUAGAGGAUUGAUGCCCAGUGAUAUCUGACAAAUGGAUGCUACACAUGUACUUUCUUUUGAGAAAUUGAAAUAUGUCAAUAUGUCCAUAGAUACCUAUUCAGGAUUGAUUUUUGCUUCUGCUUAGAGUGGAGAAAGGAUCAAAGAUUUACAAGCCUUUGCCUUUAUGAAUGUGCCUAAGCAAAUGAAAAUAAAAACUGAUAAUGGACCAGCAUAUACCAGCAAAUCAUUUCAACAAUUUUGUGCUUAUUUCGAUAUUCUUCAGAAAACAGGUAUCUCUUAUAAUUCUCAAGUUCAAGCAAUUGUAGAGCAAGCCCAUUUGACCAUGAAAAACCAACUUGAAAGAAUAAAAGAGGGAGAGUAUAUAGCCCCUCCUAAAUUAUCAACUAUUCUUUAUAUCUUAAAUUUUUUUAAUUGUGGAUAAGGCUGGCCUCUCAGCAGUCGACAGGCACUGGUGGAAGGACAGAACACAUAAUGGUUUAGUUAAAUGGAAAGAUCUGACCUCAGAAGCCUGGAAGGGACCUGACCCCAUCUUUGUCAGGUUGAGAGGAUCAGCUCGCAUCUUUCCCAAGGAUGCUGAGGCCCCUAUUUGGGUUCCUGAGCGUUGUGUGCAUCCUGUAGAUGACAGUCCACUUGGAGUUAUACUGAAACUUCGUAAAGAAUCCCUCGAUCCUGAUGCCAGUGGGAAUACAUAACACGGCACAGCCUGCCAUUAUUACAACAAACCACACAAUUGGUAAAAUGGCAGCUCACAUAAAGGUAAAACGAAUAAUUCUUAACUUUACUUUUCAUCUUAAAGGAUAGUCUAUGUUUUGUUAUGAUUUUUAUAAAGCCUCAUUAAACUCCUCAUUUUUUUCAGUCAGGUUUACUUUUAAUAAUGUUUCCAUAGCUGAUUUAAGUAUUACUGUUACCAAUGCUAGUGUUAAUAGGAUUGAGAGAUAUUUUAUACCCCAUUAGUCUUGUUAGAAAUGAUAGUUAUCUGCUUCCUAGACCAGCACAUAGGUGCUGGCCUGGACCUUUAAGUACUGCCUCUUGAAGUAUACCUGAUAUUUUUGAAACCUCCCUACAUUUUUGCCCAAAUAAGAAGAGUAAAAAUUUUCUGAAAUCUGCGCCAUGUGUGUUGGCACCCCUUUUCUUUUUUGGUUUGGAAUGAGACUAAGGCAGUGUCAAGGGAGGAGAUUCUCAAUUGUUCUUCCAGGUCCUGUCUACUGAUCAGUUGCGGGGAACAGGAAGAUUUUACAUUGAUCCUGGUGUGAUCCCCAUACCCAGUGGUACUCUACAGGCAUAAAAGAGACUUUGGCAUUACUGUGACAGUCAUUGCUACCAUCAUCAUUUCAGCCACCACUGCUGCUGCAGUGGCCAGUGUGGCCAUAUCUCAAUCGGUAGCUGUCGUUGGGACUGUGGAUAUGUUGUCUGGAGAAGUCGCCAUGGCAUUGACUGUGCAGAAUAUCGUUAAUAUUCAGAUUCAGUUGGUCAUUCUUAAUCUCAACCAACAAACUGCUCUCAAUUGGACUUUUUCUGGGAAACCCAUGUUAUAUCUUUUUUUUUAUCUUUUUUUUUUUUUUUCGGAGCUGGGGACCGAACCCAGGGCCUUGCGCUUGCUAGGCAAGUGCUCUACCACUGAACUAAAUCCCCAACCCAUCCAUGUUAUAUCUUGAUCUACCUUUUAUCAUUCUGUGUGUAACCCUUGUUAAGGCCCUUAAUAGCAGCAAGGCUGUUGGGGAUUUAAAUGCUUAUCUUGAUUGCUCACUCUUAGCAGCUUCCCUUUGGGGGCUGUUUUGCUGUGCCAUUUUAAAUCCCAACAGAUCUAGUCUCAGGCUGAAACCAAAAAGGUUUGUUUUCAUUGGCUGGGAAUAAUCCAUUGGCCCAAAUUAGGCUCAGUUUGUAUGACAAGUAAGUUAGCCAAAGAUGGGCAACCUUCUGGAACCAUGCUCACCUAAGACAGAAACCCUGAAGAUUGGCAGGGUUUUCAGAGAUGGAAAAGAGUUUUGGAACCCCAAGUUGAUCCUAAGACAGGAGCUACUUAAAAAAUAAAAGAGGGGGAAUUGUUGGGUCCUACCUUGGGGUGUUUCCCUCCCCCCUCCUGCUGAGCCUUUUAGCCUACUAUAGCAAGAAGUUGUUUACACCCUUGGCAGCUGCUCUCAGAACCUGAUUUGGGCCCAAGACUUUCCAUGGCACCCUUCUCCCUCGAAGACUCUUUCAGCUUGUUAUUAAGAAAUUGUUUAUGUCCCUGAUUUGGGCUGGGACAUUCCACGACACAGAUUUUUCCUGUUCUCCUGUUUCCUGGUUGGGGAUUUUCACCUGCUUUGUUGUUUUUCCAUGACUUUUGCCUCGGGUAUAUAAGGAUAUCUCAGUAAAGCCUUGGUGGCACUCUCUGACAAUGGGUGACCCGUGUAUGUGUUUUCUUUCAAUCCCACAGACCUAUGCCGGAUAUUCACACACUGGCAGCACAGACGUCAUCAGUUUCCUGACCCCUAUGAGGAGAGAGGUUUGAUGAAGACAUUCCACUCAGGACUGAGUAUGCCAAGGUCUCUUACUCUCUGUAUAUUAACCAGUUGCGGGUUUCUGUGUUAGUUCUCAUCUUAUGGCAGGAGAAACAUCUUUGAUGAUGGAUGUCUGAGGUACUGACAUAUGGGUAGCAGAAGGGGAUCUAGAGUCAUUUUAUUGUUCCUUAGCAGAAUGGAGGCAUUUGGGUUGGGGUGGGGGAGCUAUUUUUAAUGAAACAUUUUCCCUAAUUUCUUUUUAAGAGAGUCACCUAUUAAUAUAUAUGGAGGGUCAUUUUGUUUUGUUUUGUUUUUUUGUUUUUCUAUUUAAUACAUACUGAUUCUGCAUUUUGCAAGAACCUUACUGUGUUUGUUAUAAGGUCCAAAAAUUUUCUAGUAGACUCAAUAGGGUUUCCUCAGUAAAGAAUCAUGUCUCUGUAAAUAGGGAUAUUUUUGAGUUCUUCCCUUACUAUUAUUGUCCCUUUAUGUAUUUCUCUUAUCUAAUUGCUGUAGCUAAGACUUUGAGCACCAUAUCAAACAAGACAGGGAAGAGUAGAUGAGCAUCCUUGUAUCAUUUCUGAUCUUAGAGAAAACGUUCUUAAUUUGUCUCCAUUUAAUAUAGUGUUGGCUGCAGUUUUAUAGCCUUUAUUAUUUGAGGUAUGUUCCAUCUAUUUCUGCCAUAUCCAGAAAUUUUAUCACAGAAACAUGUUGAAUUUUGCCAAAUGCCCUGUUAGCAGCAAUUGAAAUAGUUGUGUGGUUUUUAUCCUUGGGGUUGUUUAUACGGUGUAUUUUAUUUAUUGACAUACAUAUUUCUUGCCUUUCUGGAAUGAAGCCCACUUGGUAAUAAUGUAUAAUCUUCAUGGUAUGUUCUUGAAUUCUGUUUACAAUGUCGUAUUGAGAAUUUUUGCAUCUGUGUUCAUCAAAGAAAUUGGUCUGAAUACUCUAACCAAUGAUUGACUCCUGCCAGGAAGAGAAGUAAGCUGACUGACAGUGAGUCUACACUCUCCUUUCACUUCUCCAGAUCCAGUCCCCCUCUCACCUCCAGCCUGGUAGCAGAAAACCCACUACAGCAAACCAGUAGCUAACAUUAAACUAAAUGGAGAGAAACUUGAAACAAUCCAACUAAAAUCAGGGACUAGACAAGGCUGCCCACUCUCUCCCUACUUAUGCAAUAUAGUUCUCAAAGUUCUAGCUAGAGCAAUCAGACAACAAAAGGAGAUCAAAGGGAUACAGAUUGGGAACGAAAAAGUCACUAUUUGCAGAUGAUCUGAUUGUAUACGUAAGUGAUCCCGAAAGUUCCACCAGAGAACUACUAAACCUAAUAAACACCUUCAGCAAAGUGGCUGGGUAUAAAAUUAACUCAAAUAAAUCAGUAGCCUUCCUCUACACAAAAGAGAAACAAGCUGAGAAAGAAAUUAGGGAAACAAUACCCUUCGUAAUAGUCCCAAAUAAUAUAAAAUACCUUGGUGUGACUUUAAUCAAGCAAAUGAAAGAUAUGUAUGAUAAGAACUUCCAGUCUCUGAAGAAAGAAAUUGAAGAUCUCAGAAGAUGGAAAGAUCUUCCAUGCUCAUGGGUUGGCAGGAUUAAUAUAGUAAAAAUGGUCAUUUUACCAAAAGCAAUCUACAGAUUAAAUGUAGUACCCAUCAAAAUUCCAAUUCAUUUCUUCAUAGAGUUAGAAAGAACAAUUUGCAAAUUCAUUUAGAAUAACAAAAAGCCCAGGAUAACUAAAACUAUCGUCAACAAUAAAAGAACUUCUCGGGGACUCACCAUCCCUGAUCUCAAGCGGUAUUACAGGGCAAUAGUCAUAAAAACUGUAUGGUAUCGGUACAGAGACAGGAAGAUAGACCAGUGGAUUAGAAUUGAAGACCCAGAAAUGAACCCACACACCUAUGGACACUUGAUUUUUGACAAAGGAGCUAAAACCAUCCAAUGAAAAAAAGAUAGCACUUUCAACAAAAAUGGUGCUCGUUCAACUGGAGGUCAGCGUGUAGAAGAAUGCAAAUCAAUCCAUUCUUAUCACCCUGUACAAAACUUAAGUCCAAGUGGAUCAAGAACCUCCACAUCAAACCAUAUAUAUUCAAACUAAUAGAAGAAAAAGUGGGGAAGAGCAUCGAACACAUGGGCACUGGGGAAAAUUUCCUGAACAGAACACCAAUGGCUUAUGCUCUAAGAUCAAGAACAGACAAAUGGUACCUCAUAAAAUUGCAAAGCUUCUGUAACACAAAGGACACUGUCAUUAGGACAAAACAGCAACCAAAAUAUUGGGGAGAGAUCUUUACCAAUCCUACAUCCCAUAGAGGGCUAAUAUCCAAAAUAUACAAAGAACUCAUGAAUUUAGACUCUAGAGAGCCAAAUCACUUUAUUAAAAAAUGGGGUACAGAGCUAAACAAAGAAUUCGCAGCUGAGGAAUAUCGAUUGGCAGAGGAGCACCUAAAGAAAUGUUCAACAUCCUUAGUCCUCAGGGAAAUGCAAAUUAAAACAACUCUGAGAUUCCACCUCACACCAGUCAGAAUGGCUAAGAUCAAAAACUCAGGUGACAGCAAAUGCUGGCAAGGAUGUAGAGAAAGAGGAACACUCCUCCAUUGUUGGUGGGACUGCAAACUGGUACAACGUCUCUGGAAAUCAGUCUGGAGGUUCCUCAGAAAAUUGGACAUUGCACUACCUGUGGACCCAGCUAUACCACUCCUGGACAUAUACCCAAAAGAUACUCCAGCAUACAACAAAGACACAUGCUCCACUAUGGUCAUAGCAGUCUUAUUUAUAAUAGCCAGAAGCUGGAAAGAACCCAAAUGCCCUUCAACAGAGGAAUGGACACAGAAAAUGUGGUACAUAUACACAAUGGAAAACUACUCAGCUAUCAAAAACAAUGACCUCAUUAAAUUCAUGGGCAAUUGGAUUUUCUGUAACUAGAAAAUAUCAUCCUGAGUGAGGUAACCCAAUCACAGAAAAACACACAUGGUAUGCACUCAUUGAUAAGUGGAUAUUAGUCCAAAUGCUCAAAUUACCAAAGAUGCAAUGCACAGUCCAUAUGGAACUCAAGAAGGAUGAACAAAAUGAGGAUGCUUCACACCUUCUUUAAAAGGGGAACCAAAAUAUCCAUAGUAGGGGAUAGGGAAGCAAAGUUUGGAGCAGAGACAGAAGGAACGGCCAUUCAGAGUCUUGCUUACAUAUGGCAUAUAUAUAUAUAUACCUCCAACAAAACUAGAUAAAAUCGAUGAAGCUAACAAGUGCUGCGCUAAAAGGAACCGGAUAUAGAUCUCUCCUGAGUGAUACAGCCAAAACAUGUCAAAUAUAGAGGCGAAUGCUACCAGCAAACCACUUAACUGGGAGCAGAAUCCCCAUUGGAAGAAUUAGAGAAAGGACUGAAAGAGCUGAAGGGACUUGUGACCCCAUAAGAACAAUAAUGCCAACCAACCAGAGCUUCCAGGGGCUAAACCACUACCUAAAGACUAUACAUGGACUGACCCUAGGCUUCAACUACAUAUGUAGUAGAGGAUGGCCUUGUUGGGGCACCAGUGGAAGGGGAAGCCUGCCAAGGAACCUUGGUCCUGCCAAGGUUGGAACCCUAGUGUAGGGGACUGUUUUGUGGGGGGGUAAUGGGUGUAUGGGGAGGGAAACACCCAUAUAGAAGGGGAGAGGGAGAGGUCCGGGGGUUGAUGGACAGGAAACCGUGAAAGGGCAUAACAUUUGAAAUGUAAAUAAAAAAUACUCAAUUUAAUCAAAAUGGGAAAAAGAAAUGUAAAUAAGAAAUACACAAUUUAAUAAAAAUGAAGAAGGAAAGAAAGAAAGAAAGAAAGAAAGAAAGAAAGAAAGAAAGAAAGAAAGAAAGAAAGGAAAACCUGCUGCAGAGUCCCAUUCUUUUCUGAUCCUGUCCCCACAGAUCAUAAACAUCUCUUCCAACCUUAAUACCUCAACUCAUUCCAGAAUUCAGUCUCCAACACCAGCCAGUAUUCUCUUUGAACACAUCAGUGGAGCAGGCCAAGGAAAAAUGGAACAUACAGCCAUCACACUCCAAAGAGGAUCAUCACUUUCCAGAAAGGAAAUGGAAAGCAAGGAAAAAACACAACAAAGUCAGAUCCAGAAAUCAGCACUAAAUUUAUAAUCAUCUUAAACUUAGCUGCCUAGAUGCCAAUGUAAGAACAUAAUCAAUAAUAGCCAGAGAAAAUUUUGGCUGGACUAGAGUCCAACCAAAGCAGGGCCUGAAUACGCCAACACAGCUGAAGUAUAAGAAAAAGAUCUUAAAACCAACUAUAUGAAGAUGAUAGAGAUCCUUAAGAAGGAAAGACUCCAAGAGCCCACAGAUGGGACCUUAGACUACUAUAUGAAGCAAAAUUUCAAUCACCAUUGAUUGCUAAAAUAAGAUACUCCAUAAUAAAAUGAAACUUCCUACAGAGAGAGUAAAAGGAAAGAUCCAACCUAAGGAGGUUAACUACAAAAAUUAAAAAUAUAGGAAAUAAUUCUAGAUGUCCCAAAUCAAAGGAGGAGAAGCACGGAUAUACACAGACAUACACACACACACACACACACACACACACACACACACACACACACACACACACACACACUCACACAUUCAC